CUCCCCUCCAUCUCUCACUCGGCCUCUGCCAGCCACCCUGAAGAACCUGCAACAGAGAAUCAAUCCGCCAUUGAUGCUCGGCUCGAUUCCAGCUUCUCAGUUCAGCAGCCGAUCCGUCACUCACCUGAUAUUCGUCUCGUCAGCUGAUACUUUUCUCUGUAGCGUACGCUCUAUCUCCAUCCUGCCGAUGAAUUCCCGGCGCGAUUCGACCAUUCCCAUCACUCCUCCCGCGAUUUGACCGCCGGGAGAUCAAAUUCGACUUCUGGGUCCUAAUGGGUGACAAGCAGUCCGGUGUACAUGCGAAGUAUGACUACAUUCACGACCAAGAAUCCUCACCUAGCCCACUGGACGCGCACCACGUCGAGGUCCGGAGAAGCGGUGCGAAGCCUGUCGCUGCCUGUUUCUUUGCUGCCCUCGUCUCAGCCUAUGCGUUCUUCGCUUUCUACUCAAAGGAGAAACCAAAUAUUCUUGCAGUCUGGGGCAUCCCUUUGGGUGCAUUGCUAAUGAUGAAGCUGUGUUGGAGAACUGUCAAGAAAGAGUCCGUUCUGAUUAUGCCGACAUUUGGAGUCCAGCUCGAAACUCAUUACAGAAGUGGGAGAAUCAUUCGCCGAUUCGUGCCAAUGGGGAAGAUACUGAAACCUGUGCUACAAGAAUGUGUCACACCGGUCACUUGUUACUGGUGCCUCUCCCUGCUUUUACGAGAUGAAGAACAGCUGAUGCUGGUAUUCAAGGAAAUACGCUCGCCUCUGAAAAUGCUAAUCCCCAUCUGGAAGGCUCUCUGUGCAGCCGCUGACGAAGGAGGUGGCUUGGAAGAAUGUGGGCCCGAUGGUUGAUAUUAUUAGGCAAUGCUUAAAUGGUUCAAGACCCGUACAUAGAAUGUUCAUCGGUGGUGGUCGUAUUUUUUCAGAAUUCUGAUCUAGAUUCAAUUGAGCUUUGAGGAAAUCCUCUCGUUUAUUUCUUCUCCCAAGUUCGGAAAAUCGGAAUUCUCAAGAUGAAGCUGAGAAAUUUUGGUUUUCCUGUUCUUUUUGGUUUGUUGCUGCAAAGGAGUAAUUUAGCUGGAAAGCUUUUGUGGCAGGGUUUACCAUUUUCUCGGAUAAAUGUUGUACAUUUGGGAUGAUGUUUCCUUUCACCGUUUUAUCUAUUUCUUACCUCUUCCAUCCCCAA